AAUACAACAGUAGCGAAUAUGGGAAGCUGUCGAAGUGAGGAUCACCUGCAGAAGCGGCCUCGUGUGUGCGGGUUGUUGUAGAGUGUACAGGAUCAUUGGUUUUAGAGAGAGUUUUCUUUUUUUGCGGCUUGUGAGAGACUGUUUCUAGAUAUAUAUUUACAUAACUGAUAUAAAUCAAGCGGUUUUCUAUGUAGAAAUUAUUUAAAAAAUUGUUAUAUCACGUUUUAUACUUUACAUAACAAAGAAGUUAGGUUGCGAAAAACUGUCACUCGUACAGUGCUACAACGAAGCUCAACAUGUACAUACUGUGACAGGGAUAUUGUCCUGGAAUAUUCCCACCACAGACGUGGCCUAAAGAAAUAACCGGGAAAUUGACGCAGAGGCAGUAUCAAGACGCAGAUUGUGUUCACAUGAACGUGAAAUGUCGGCAAGAUGUCGCCAGACGUGAAGAAACUCUCUAGAUUGGAUUGAAAUAUCAGGCCCCAGGGAUGUGGUGACAGGACGCGAUGGGAAACAAGCUAAGCUGUUCUUGCGCGCCGCUCAUUCGCAAGGCCUACCGGUACGAGGACUCGCCAUGGCAGACGUCCCGGCGUCGAGACGGCCACUUGCUCAGGCUUUGGGCCGAAGUGUUCCACGUGAGUGCGAGCGGAGCCGGCACGGUGAAGUGGCAGCAGGUGUCAGAGGACCUGGUCCCGGUCAACAUCACGUGCAUCCAGGAUUCCCCAGAGUGCGUGUUCCACAUCACUGCCUACAACAGCCAGGUCGACAAAAUACUGGAUGUUCGACUCGUGCAGCCAGGAACACGGAUUGGUCAAGCGUCGGAAUGUUUCGUGUACUGGAAAGACCCAAUGACCAAUGACACAUGGGGUCUUAACUUCACAUCACCAAUAGAUGCCAAACAAUUUAGGGAAUGUUGCUCACCGUCUUUCAAAUUCUCGCGGAAGGCGUCGUCGUCAUAUUCGCUGAAGCUGGAGCCGCCGAACAAGCAGAAGAUGAAAGCGAAGAGGAAGCCGCUCUCGACGCCUGCGUCACCAAGCCGAAGCCGCGAGCCCCAGUGCACAUGCAUGACAGCAGAGCAGUACGCACGUCUGCGCGCGCAGGAUCCCCGCUACAAAGGUUCUGCGACGCUUCCCCGAGCUCAGACGCGAGCAACUGAGACGGAGCCCGGCGCCCGGGGGGACAAAGUGACGGCGGCAACUUCUAGCACAUCUCUGUACGAUAACGUGGGCAGUGGAGGCAAGACGCAGCAGCGGGGUACGGACGCCGUGCGACAGACCCGGGAUCGCGGCACGCAGCAGCAGACACAGGACAUCGCUCCCACUUCCGCCACCACAACGACGACAGCGGGAAAGACGUCGGUUGGCACACAGAACCAUGUGGGUUCGCAGGUGGGUCAAGAACCGCACGAGGCGUCAAAGAGUGAAGGGACGCAGGCGGGCGGCACACUGCAAGGAAGCAAGAAGAAGGAACAGCUCCACAUCCUGACGUCCACCAAGUCCAUAGACUACCCCGAUAUGGACAUGGUGCGCGAGGCCGAACUCCGCGCAGCACACCAUCUCAACGUCAACCACAACAACAAUAACGACAACAAUAACAACAACAAUAAUAACAAUAAUAACAACAGGAGAUCCAAGAGCAAAAGCACUGACGAUAUGAACAUGGGCGGUCGUGGCGAUGGGAACAUGAGUCUGGAUUCGAACACGCUGAAGAGAAUGCUGAAGCCAAUGCCAUCAUUGGAAAGCCCCGUCACGUCACCGGAAAUGACUCGCCGGCGGUACAACUAUUACAACAAUCACCACGGCGCCAAUAACAAUGGCCGCCACGUGUUGUCUGAGCCGGAGUCUAACCACCAUCACCACAAAAGUUCGGGGGGCAGAUUCUCCAGCUCUAGGUCCUCGCACGAGAUCGGACGGGGCGGGGGCGGUUACCCUGGAGGACGUGGCUUGUACCUGGAGCUCGAAAGAAAUGGAAGUGGUGGUGACCUAUCACCGCCCUCUGACAACGUUCUGUUCGACAACCAGUGCUACGCCACUACGCCUAGUUCAAGCAACGGCAACUCAGACCUAGACCAACCUUCUCAUUACCACAACUCCACAUCGACGCCGACACCAGGCUCGCCGACCAGCCGCUUGUUGCUAGAAUACGAGAUGCACCUGAGGAAUACCUUGGCCAAGGGCAUGGACGCCGAGAGUUACAGUCUGCACACGUUCGAAGCCCUGCUUACGCAGAGCAUGGAGAACCUAGAGUUCGCUGAGAGCCUGCCCGGGUCGACUACACGAAGCCCCUACCCCUCUCGCAGACGGCCUGGGAGCAGUGCUAGUAUGAACAAAUCUUCAACACUUCCCUUGCCACAUCGUCUCGGCCUGGAGAGACCAAGCAGCAGCGCUGCUCGCGACCGUGAAGGGUACUACAGCGACCGCAACGACCUGAUUAGAGAGCGUGAGAGAGAACGGGAGAAAGAACGAGAGAGGGGUUAUCUCAGCGAUCAUAACUCCAGGUGCACAUCCUGCCUGGGGGAGUCAGCCCGUGCUCAGUGGUUCCGGCACUCCGAUGGCUGGAGGUCGGGCUCCGUACAGAGCACUCACAAGCGCUCACCCUGGGACUCACUGCCAUCACUGCGACACGAAGGCAGCCUGGGUGACAGUGGCUACAAGUCCAACCGCGCCGAUUCCUUUGAACAGAGGGGCCUGUUCGACCGACAGGACAGCCUACGCUCUGACUACAUGAGUGACCGGGAAUCCCGCUAUGGCAUCGUGCAGCAGGCAUCCAUCGAGAGCACGGACUCACGCCUCUGCUAUCUCACUUCCUCUGAGAUGUCGGACGACGACAGGAUGUCUCUGACAACGGCGGUGAGCGACGAAGAGGAGAGCGUCCACAAUUCGCCGUACCGCGCCAAGCAGACAGGCACCGCUGCGGCGUCCUUCAACUGCACCGGCGCCGUCAGGAAGGCGGGAUUCCUGAGCGUAAAGAAGUGGCUGCUUCGGAAAAAGCACCAGAUAGAGCUGGCACGCAAGCGGGGCUGGAAGGGCUACUGGGUAUGCCUGAAGGGCACCACCCUUCUCUUCUAUCCAUGUGAUUCCCGAGAGGGACGCUCCGUUGAGGCAGCCCCCAAGCACCUCAUUAUCGUUGAUGGUGCGAUCAUGCAACCUAUACCAGAGCACCCAAAAAGGGACUACAUCUUCUGCCUCAGCACAGCCUUUGGGGAUGCCUACCUCUUUCAGGCACCAUGUCAAGUUGAGCUAGAGAACUGGGUGAACAGUAUCCACUCUGCCUGUGCAGCUGCAUUUGCACGUCAUCGCGGUAAAACAGGCACCUUGCACCUGCUGCAGGAAGAAAUCUUCCGUCUGGAGAAGGCCAUUGAGUCGGACCACAAGCUGAAGCACAUGGCAGACUUACAGCAAAGUGUAGUAUCAGACCCAGAGACAAAACAACAGAUCAACAACCAAAUUGUUCAGUGGGAGGAGAACCUCGAGCGGCUGCAUUGUGAACAGUUCAGACUUCGCUGUUACAUGGCAAGUUUGCAAAGUGGAGAACUGCCCAACCCGAAGAGCCUCCUAACCCAUGUGUCUCGUGCUACAAAGAAUACACUGAACAAGCUGGGAGUGUUCACUGUAUCUUCAUUUCAUGCCUUCAUUUGUGCCCGGAGUCCAUCACUACUGAACAAUCUGCUAGCUGGUCGAGGGGCCACAAAACGCAGGCCUCCUAUGCUCUCCCGCUCAAAUUCUGGCUCUAGCCGGCGUUCACUCCAGAUGACGUCAAGAGAGGAGAGUGAAAAGACUGUCAAAGUAUCUCUGCCUGAUAAUCAGACUGCUCACGUAUACCUGCGGGAUGCGAUGUCCGUGGAGGAGUUCCUCGCGAGUGCUUGUGGUCGCAAGAAUUUAAACGCCAUGGAACAUUUUGUUCGUGUCAAGAAGAGACGAGACAUGGAAGACCACAACUAUUUCGUUCCGCAUCGGACGGACCUCAUAGAAACAUACCUUCAUACGCACGAAAUUGUGGAGGUAUGCGCCAAAAUUCUCUACCAAGUAGAACUUCAACGGACUACUUUGGAGCAGAUGUGGGGCUUUUCAGUGGAAGCAGAACUUAUAGAGAAUGCAGACCGCCAGGACGAGCUCUGCUGCUAUGUGAGCCGAGUGGAGGACAAGAGCGUGGCCAUGCAGAAUGGAAUCAUCAAGGGCGACGAGAUCAUGGUGAUCAAUGGAGCUAUUGUGAGCGACUUGGACAUGAUGUACCUGGAGAGCGUUCUGCAGGAGGAACUGGCCCUCUGCAUGAUGAUGCGUUCUUCGCGCACAGAACCACCGGAUCUUGCUGGCAUCAUGAGAGCAACGGACGAUAUUAUCGAGAGCCUUGUUUGUCCUCCCCCUCCCUCAGAACCGCCCGUCAUCAGCGAGGAGAUGAUCUCUGGCCUGAUCGUCCCUGCGCCGGGUUGGAGUAAAGAACUGUAUUCCCCUGAAACAGAGAGUUCUCCAGCACCCUCCAGUGAUACUGGAAAAGCUACUUCACGGACAAGUUCUUUUGAGAUUGAAAAUCUACUGAAGACAGCAGAACAAGUAACUGGAUUCUGCAGGUCACCAGUGGAAACACGGAAGUCCAGCCCUACUGGGAGUGUGGCCAGUAGCCAGUCACAGGCUCUGCUCACUCCUAGCCGCCAACUCUCAGAUGCAGAGAAACUCCGCAAAGUAGUGUUAGAGUUGGUUGACACUGAGAGGACGUAUGUGAAGCACUUGAACAAUCUGCUGGAGAACUACCUGGAACCAUUAAAGAAAGAGACAUUCCUAUCAAAUGCUGAGAUCAAUGCCUUGUUUGGGAACAUUCAGGAGAUUGUAACAUUCCAAAGACAGUUCCUACAAAAUCUGGAUGAAGCAUUGGAACUUGAGCCUGAUUUCCACAAAUUUGAACACCCUAGUCAAUUUAAAAAUGUGCUCUUCUCUGUGGGUAGUGCAUUCCUGUACUAUGUGAAUCACUUCAAACUCUACAGCUCGUUUUGUGCCAGCCACUCUAAAGCACAAAAAGUUCUGCACCCAAAUGAAGGCAAUCAGGCACUCCAAGAGUUCCUUGCAGCACGAAAUCCUCGCCAGCAGCAUUCCUCGACACUUGAAUCAUAUCUUAUCAAGCCAAUACAAAGAAUCCUUAAGUAUCCAUUGUUGCUUCAACAGCUGAGGAACCUUACAGACCCACAAGCAGAUGAACACCAGCAUCUAGUGGAGGCCUUGAAAGGCAUGGAGAAAGUAGCUGAACACAUUAACGAGAUGCAGAGGAUACACGAGGAAUAUGGAGCCAUCUUUGAUCACCUCUUCCGACAGCAUCAGAAAUCAUGUAAACAGCCAAUUGAUUUGAGUCCCGGUGACCUCCUGUAUUAUGGAGGCGUGGAAUGGCUCAACAUUUCAGACUUCCUUGGCAAGAUCAAGAAGGGUCUGGAACUGCAUGCAAUGUGCUUUGUGUUCAAGUCAGCUGUUGUGUUCCUAUGCAAAGAGAGACUUAGACAGAAGAAGAAACUCAUGGGUGUCACAAGUAAGAGCAGUUCGAGUGAGGUUGAGAUCAUCAGAUAUCAAGUUCUGAUUCCGGUCACAGAAGUUCAAGUCCGAGCAAGCUCAGCUAAAGACAUGGACUCUCAUUUCCUGUGGGAGCUUAUCCAUCUACGCAGCCAGCUUCAGAGACGGUCAGAGAAGGUGUAUGUACUGUCCAACAGCACUGCUGACUUCAGAAAUGCCUUCCUCAAGACAGUCCGGCAGAUCAUCAGAGAAAGUGUGAGGAACAUGAGCAUUCCAGCGACAAAACCUGGUUCAACAAAUACAGGUGCAACCACAGGCACAGGUACCUCAUCUGUCGGGAGUACAGCAGCAGCAAAUGAGAAUGCUUUGCCAACAACUAGUAAAGGUGUUGUCAUCCUCCAAGGAUCACACACUUUGGGGAAACCCAAGAAACCGCCAAAGGGCCCUCAGAGACACUCUGCAGGGAACAUUGAUUAUGACAACCUUGACACCAGCAGAGAUUCUGGGGAGGAAAUUCUGCAUGCUGGUAGCGGCAGCUUCCGGUCAAGAAGCAAAACUGUUAGUGAUGGCACAGAAGAAAUCACAACACACCGGUCAGAUAUUGAUAAGAAUUGUGACCCUGGCACCAAAUCAGAAGGUGAGGAGGAAAUGCAGAGCAAGGGAAAGGCAACACUAGGACGUACACCAAACCACCUAAGUCUGAGCACCACGUCCACUCUAUCAGCAGGCAGCACAGGAAGUCAGGCACGACUCAUCCAGUCCUCACAUCAGCCCGAGAACUAUCAGCCCACGACAGUGAAGGACCUAGGGUCGCCAGUGUGGAAACCAAGAGACAUGGUAGGCCUAGGCGAAGCAACCACUCUUCCCCGCAAGGGCAAAUCCUCCUCAACAUCCUCUUGUUCCGAAACCACAACCACUAGGGACCGUGAGCGUUGUUUAGUGUACGACUUUCCUAUUGUGAGAAAGACAGAAGGCUCCACCAGCACACAUGAAACUUCCUCAUCCUCAUCAACUAGCACGCAGCAGCCAUGAAGAAGUGCUCUACUUUAAAUGAAACAGUAAGCAUGCCAAGUGCCAAGGUGUAUCCAGAAUGGUUAUGAAUGUGUGAGUUCAAGAAUGAGCACCUCCCCACAUGAUGCAGUGUGUUUAGUGAAAAUAAGUGGAUAAAGAGCAUACAACAAAAUUAAUUUUGGUUUCAUUAUUACAGUAAUGAUACAAAUUCAGGAGUUUCUGUUUUUAAGAUUGUAGUGCCUAAGAUUGAUCUCAAAUGGAACAGAAGAUAUGUAAGUGUAUGUUGAUUUGUGGCACCUGAUUUCCCUGUGAACUGAAUGAAGUUCAGGUAACCAUUUGUUUUAAAGAACUGCUCAAUUAGUAGACCAUUCUAGCAUGCUAUCAGACUGCAAGCAUCAGAGCAAAUUACCAGAAGAGCGUCUUCCUCAAUACUGUUAAGGUAAAUAAAUGUAGAGCUAUAUCCCUGUAACAGGCUGUGGAGGCCCUAAAGGUUGUGAGAUGUCAAGGCUUCCACAUUUUCUAGACAAUCGGCU